AUGGUAGGCAGUUUGUGUGCCCGUAAGUUGGCUCGGCGAUCACGGUCUGCGUUAAUAGCGGCACUAACUGUGCUACUGAUUCAGACACUUAUUGUAUGGAACUUCAGUAGCCUGGACACGGGAGAAGACAGGGAAGACGGUGGCAACGGCAGAGAGAAGCGAGACCGAAUCGGUAUCAACAAAGCCUACAGCGAGUAUCCGAAAAGCGGCUUCCAGCGAAGACAUCAUCAACCACCACUGGGAAAGGCAGCCGUUCGGCAUAAGCAGCAACCGGAUGGCUAUCACUCCCAUCGGCCGAAGGAGAAAGUCCGGGUGGACAGCAACAACGAGAACUCGGUGCCCAAGGACUUCGAGACCAUCGACAACAGUAACUUUGGGGCGGCGCGGGCGCAGACGCAGAGCCAGCGGCACGCUGCAGGGGGCCGCAAGCAGCAGCUCCUGGAGCGGGCGCACGCCCAGCAGAGCAUGGCCAAGGGCUCCAACGAGGUCAUCCAGUACGGCCAGAAGUACAGCAUGACCGCGGCCGCCGCCGUCGGAGGCGGACGCAACCGCACCGCGCCCCUCCACGCCGCGCCCGGCCCGCGCACGGCCAGGCCGAACCCCGGAGGGCACGCGGCCACCCAGCCGCACCGGCACCACCGGCCGCAGCCGGCCGCGCAGGCCAGACGCACGGCGGCGCCCCCUCUGGGCGAGCUGCGCUACGACCAGCCGCCCAAGUGCGAGAUCAGCGGCAAGGAGGCCAUCUCGGCCCUGUCGCGCGCCAAGACCAAAGAGUGCCGGCAGCAGAUCGCCGAGGUGUACUGCCGCCACAAGGAGGGCAAGCUGAUGCCCGAGAAGGUCACCCGCUACUGCCCCAUAGAGGGCAAGGCCAACGUGAACGUGCAGUGGGAGGAGGACUCGGUGGAGAGCGCCCCGCCGGUGCCCGUGCGGAUCGCCUUCAUGCUGGUGGUCCACGGCCGCGCCACGCGCCAGGUCCAGCGCCUCUUCAAGGCCAUCUACCACACCUCGCACUUCUACUACAUCCACGUGGACAUGCGGUCCAACUACCUGCAUAGAGAGAUGCUGGCGCUGGCCGCCCAGUUCCCCAACGUGCGGGUGACCACCUGGCGCAUGUCCACCAUCUGGGGCGGCGCCAGCCUGCUCAGCAUGUACCUGCAGGCCAUGGGCGACCUGCUGGCCAUGAAGGACUGGGCCUGGGACUUCUUCAUCAACCUCAGCGCUGCCGACUACCCUAUCAGGACCAAUGAUCAGCUGGUGGCCUUCCUGUCAAAGUACCGUGACAUGAACUUCAUCAAGUCCCAUGGAAGAGACAAUGCACGCUUCAUCAGGAAGCAGGGCCUGGACCGGCUGUUCUUCGAGUGCGACACCCACAUGUGGCGCCUGGGCGACCGGAAGAUUCCGGAUGGCGUGUCGGUGGACGGCGGCUCGGACUGGUUCCUGAUGAACCGCGUGUUUGUGGAGUACGUCAUCAACACUCAGGACGACCUGGUGACCAACAUGAAGCGCUUCUACGCCUACACACUCCUACCUGCAGAGUCGUUCUUCCAUACGGUGCUGGAGAACAGUCCCCACUGUGAGAGCAUGGUGGACAACAACCUACGCAUCACCAACUGGAACCGCAAGCUGGGCUGCAAGUGCCAGUACAAGCACAUCGUGGACUGGUGCGGCUGCUCGCCCAACGACUUCAAGCCGUCCGACCUGCCGCGCUUCCAGCAAACGACACGGCCAACCUUCUUCGCCCGUAAGUUCGAGGCCAGCGUCAACCAGGAGAUCGUCAACCAGCUGGACGCCUUCCUGUUCGGCGGCUUCCCUCAGGGCACGCCGGGCCUGCGCGCCUACUGGGAGAACAUCUUCGACGAGCCGGACGGCGUGCGCAGCCUGACGGACACGCAGCUCACGCACUACCACGCCUUCGCCCGCAUGGGCCUCGCCCGCGCCGCCGGCUCCCUGCAGGGAGAGCCCAGCGACAACAGCUGCAGGUACUUUGCCAUGGGGAGCCCAGUGUCUGUCCACCUGUACUUCCUGUCGGACGAGUUCCAGGGCUACCUGGUGCGGCACCACGCCACCAACCUGGCCACCAGCAAGCUGGAGACCCUGGAGACGUGGGUCAUGCCCCGGAAGUUCUUCAAGUUCUCCCACCCCCCCAACAGCUUCACUCGGCUCCAGCAUGCAGAGGUGGGCAAUGACUGGGAGCCAGAGGAUGAAAUUGAUUUGUCUUGUUUUACGACUGUAGGGAGGUUGAAGGACGCCCUGAAGCAGCACAACGGUCCGGCCAAGAACAGCUACAUGGAGCAGAGCUUCCACGGCCUGAACCCCAUCCUCAACAUCCCCGUGCACCUGGGCCAGGUGGAGGCGGCCGAGCAGCACGCCGGGCUGACCGGCCCGGAGCUGGAGCGCUGGGUGGACGGCCUGGUGGCCGAGGUGUGGUCGGCCGUGGACGUGUGCAGCGUCGGGCCCGGCCCCAGCGGCUGCCCCGUGCUCCAGGCCUGCCGCGACACCCCCUGGAGCUCGCUCAGCCCCGACCCCAAGUCCCGCGUGGGGCCCGCGGGGAGCGACGGACGCAUCAGGUAGCAGCCGUGACUGGACGGGACGAGAUGCGGGACGCGGAGGAGGAGGA